GUCCGAAUGUUGCUGUAGCAAGUUUCUACAAUAAGCAACAUCAGUUCUGAGUUGAGAUUGAGAGUUCUUAAUAUCCUUUAUGUCACUGGCCAUAGUUGAUAAUUGGUUAAGUAUAAGGGUGAGAGUGUCGGUAGGGGUAGACUGAUCUGGUUGUAAAGGAGCAGUGGUUUCUGAACGAGCACCGCAUGUGGAUCCGCUUCGGGUAACUCGUCCCUGUUUACAACAGGCUGGGCAAGACCAUCGUUCUUUUCCGUCCGACAGUUCUUCGUUGUUAUCACUGUAUUUUUCUACAUUAUCCCCAUCUUCAGGAUCUUUCAUGUUUUUAUUCUUCUUUCGCACAGUCCUACUCAUGUUCCCUUAUUCCAGCGGCUAUUUCCCGAUUACCCUAUACACUCUGUAGACUAGUUUCUUAAUUUGAUUUGACACAAUUGACGAAAUGUCCAAAUGACAAAAUGGAAUAUAUGGUAAAAUGGCUGAAGAUUACUCCCACGGCUCUGGAAACUAUCGCCAACAGGUCCACAGACGUACCUCUUCCUGCUCUUAACUUGAACACAUCUGGUUUUAAAUAUUUUUGGCUUUUCUCCGAUAUUUUGAGCUGAUAGCUUCAAUGGCCAUACUAGGUGCCACUAUAGAGCUGUAUCGAACACAGUCGGAUGAAAAUAGGCUUUACCUGAUCCUUACAUUAAUAAUGGGAAUAUUCAACGUUAUCGUCGGAGCGAUAAUGGUGGCUGCACUUAUAAAGGGAAAAGAACGUUUGGUGUUUCUGUACAUGGUUCUAGAAUUAACAAAUCUGAUGAUAAUAACGAUAUUUGCACUGAUAAACACAUUUCGCCAAGGUUAUUACCAUCUGUCAAUUGUUCUGUUUAUAUGCUUUUUUCUUUGGUAUGGACUUUGGUGUACCUGGUCAUUCUACGCUGAACUGGCUGAAUACAAUUCUGUAAAAUCAGGACCGACUGAAAUAGUUUACCAGCAAAAUAUCAAUCCAGUUGCUUUUCCGGACCGUGCCAUGGAAAGCACCCACGUUUAGUGAUCUCAUUACAAUAAUAUUAUAUUUUGUAUAAAAUUUAUGUAUAUAAUCUACAUAGAAUAUAUUGUUUCGGUUAAAUAUAUUACUGUUGUUGUGUGUAAUCAA